AUUCUUGAAGGUUUGGCGCUAUUUCAGACAAUAUUCGUUACGCGCGUCUUAACGUGACUAGUCAAACGCCCGUACAUAAUUGUAAUCGUUCUUCAUAUAUUUAACUCGUAGGCUCAGUUUGCCACCUAACUGAACAACAUUAUUUGCUGAUAGUAAUGAAGUGAUGUCGACACCUGUUUUAUUAGGAUUGGGUAUGAUAGCCGUAGGAGUUGCUGGACGUUAUAUAACACGGAAUACGAAUAUUGGUAGUAUACAAAAGCUUUUCAGUAUAUCUGGACUAAAUGGCUCCAAGUAUUAUCGUGGGGGGUUUGAACAAAAUAUGUCCCGGCGUGAAGCUGCCUUAAUUCUUGGAGUGAGUCAACAGUCAAGUAGAAAUAAAAUUAGGGAUGCUCAUAAGAGGAUCAUGCUUCUUAACCAUCCCGAUAAAGGCGGUUCCCCAUACUUGGCUGCUAAGAUCAAUCAGGCCAAAGAUAUACUAGAAUCCAACAAAAGUUAACCACCACUAACGACCCCGCUGUAAUAUAUCGCCCACUGUUUUACAAUGUCAAAUACAGUUUACUUUUCAAUUGUUGAACUGUAGACUUAUAGUUACAAAAAUGUAAAUUGUUAAAUACUUAUCUUUUGAAUAAACGUUUUUUCUC